ACAACUUCGGAGGUCACGUGACGCAUCUGAUCAUUGCACUCGGGUGCGGAGACAUGGAGGUUCCGGCGCUCAACCUGAAGGCGAUUGUCUUUGUGCACUGGCUGCUGACCGUAUUUGCGUGUAUAUUCCCUAGCUGGCUUCCAAAUGCCUAUUAUCUGUCAAACUUCUCGGUCUUGGCUAUGGGCGUCUGGGCUGUGGCGCAACGAGACUCUGUGGACGCCAUAUUUAUGUUUAUGGUGGGACUGGUGGUCACCAUUGUAUUAGACAUCCUCCUCCUCGCCCUGUUUUUUGCUGGCGCAGAACAAGCCUCUGAAAAGACGCCCCUAAGGGACCUUUUUCGAUUUAGUGGUGGAAUGGCCAUCUUAAGCCUGAUCCUCAAGCCCUUGUCCUGCUUCUUCAUUUACCAUAUGUACGUGGAGCGAGGAGGUGACUGUAAUAUCAAUUUAGGCUUCCUCACCGUCUCCCGAGAUCGAAGUGCUUAUCAGACGAUCGACCACACGGAUGCGUCAGCUGAACAAGACAAACUUCCCUCCCGUUACUGAGAGAUCAUCUUUGGCCUUCAGACAAAAACCAGUAGGGAGCACCAGAAAAUUGUAGAAGGCUGGGACCAUUCAGAUGUGUGCGCUCAUUCAGAGUGAUUUUUUUAUUGCUACCCGAAGACCACUUUAAGGGAUUCUCUUUUGUACUAGUUAAGUCCGCCAUUGUUUUGGACUAAAGCUGCAGUCGUCCUUGGGAAAUUGUGUUGUGUUUGCUCCUUUAAUAACCACAUCCCAAAAAAUAUCAUAACUUCUAUUGGGGGCACAUUGACCCAUGUGUAUCAGUCUGUACAAAAGAUGGCUUCUGUACUCGUGUAGGUUACUGAAAGGCGUACCAGUAACCGCUGGGAAACCUUCCCAACCCAGCAGCUGGGAUAUGAUGUGGUAGGCCUGACUCUGCUCUUAUUGAUUUGUCGUUUCCUACAUUAACGACUUGUGUAAAAGGAGACAAGUCUCCAGAGUCCUGCUCCUAGUCUCAUAUAUGAAACUGGUAAUGACGAAAACGGUUUCUCAUGGUAACCAAUAGGAUUAGGGCUUUUAUUUUCUAAGCUAUGCUACAAAAAUGAAAGUUUGAUUCUGAUUGCCACACCCACAGCUUUUACAUGGAGACCACCGGUGGUCACCUAUGCAUGUUACAUCAUUUCAUGUUUUUGUUUUUCAGUUCCUUUUUAAAUGACAGAAUGCAUGAGGGACGACCAAACGGGUCCUCUAAUUAAUCUAAUGAGGCCGCACUGUUCAGGGGGUCUGUUUUGUUAGCGACCCCGCUGUAUUGAGGGUGCCGUGCGGCCAUUAACAAUACAGACCUACUGAACGUUGCGGUCUCAUAAGUUUACUUAGAGGCAGCUGUGGUACUCGACCACAACAUGCAGAGUCACAACCACGAUGUGACUGUUUAGUGUGGUCAGAAACAAAUGCUCAUGUGUCGUGAGCUAAAUUGCUGAUUCAUUAACAAAUUGCCUAACAUAUUGAACAGCAGAGAGCAGCCAUUUUGUGUCUUGAGCCAGUAUUCAUGAGAACUCGCAGCAGACAUUGCAUCACUUUCCCGAGGCAAUCUAAUAACUUAUAGUCUAGAAGGCCCAAAGGAGAUGACUCACCAAGUCUGGUGUAGACGUGCUGUCUAGCGUGGGCUAAUGUUCCCCCAAGGAGCAUGCACCUAAUGAGGAGCACGGUGUUAAAGAACUCCAAAUAAUGUGAAAAAUAACAAUUUUUACUGGAAAGCCAUGGCCCUGUCCUGAAAGAAAUGAGACAUGGCAUUUGAGUAGAAGAUGGGUACAUGACGCUCAGAGCAAACCAAUUCACUUUAUACAAUUAUGCCAGAAAGCUGUCUUCAUAAAUCUCCCCCUUGUCAUGUGAUGUUAACAGAAUAACUGUCUCCGCUAUUUGCAGACUACGGGUGCAUUUUAGGAUUAGUCUUGAUUAUGAUCUAUUGAUUGACCUUUCAGAGAAUGUAAAUGGCAUAUUUGUUACCUCACUGUGCCUUCGGGUCCAAUGCGGGGUCGUGAGCACUGAUUGACAAUAAAUAAGGCCACUCUCAUUUAAAGAGCCCUUUAAAUGGGCUGAUGCAAACUUUAGGGGGGGGGGGGGGGGGCAAACAAAUGUUAGUACUGCCAUUCAUCCCCCAUAUACAGGGUGAGUAAAAAGUCUCAGGGCACCCUUUUAUUUCAGAAACGAAUGGGAAAAUGAAAUAUCUGAAUACUCCAGCAAGUAAUGGCUGAGAGGAUCUAUCUUUUAGGCUAUGUCCAGAACAUGGCCGCUAUAUUGCAUCGAGGGGAACAUUUUUCCAAUGAGAAGGCAAAUCAAAGACUAGAAUUUUCUCAGAAAUCGAUUGCCGCAAUCAGAUUUGCAAUAUCUCUUGUGGUUCAAAAGUUAUCAACACAGAAAGUUCAAAGUUUUGUGUUCAGCAGCAGGGACAACACACUGAACACGUUAUAUAGCUGUGCAUCACAGGGAACAUUCCUUGUUGUUGCAACUCUGUGUUAGUCUUCUGAACCACAAGAGAUUUUGCCAAUCUGAUUGUGGCAAUCGAUUUCUGAGAAAAACCUGAUGUUCUUUGAUACGCUAAUGACCCCCUUCCCCCAUUGGAAACAUUUGCCCUUGAUCCAAUACGGUGGCCAUGUUCCGGACAUAGCCUAAAAGAUAGGCCCCCUCAUCCAAUACUUGCUGGGGUAUUCAGAUAUUUAAUUUUCCUUUUCGUUACUGAAAUAAAAGGGUGUCCUGUGACUUUUGACAUGCUGUGUAGAUUGCAUAUUGCUGGCAGCAAAUUCCUGCUUACAUGGGGCUGUGUGUUUCCGAUAAGCGCUUAUUUUUAAUGUUAACAUUUAAAGAUUCAUUGAGCAGUUGAUCACUGGUGUGUUUAGAUGGAUCGAUGAUCUGCCGAACAAAUAUUUGCACUAAAACUUGUCCCCGAUCAUUGGUCUGUUUACAAGGAUCCUUUAGAUGCCACAGACGUAACCAUUUUCCACGUGAUAUGACAGUGACCAGCGAACCGUGGAACUCAUAGUACACUUCACAUACUUCCACAUAUAUUACAAUAGAAACCUUCAGCUACAAGAUUCUUCAUCUACAUAAAAUGUGACUACUGUCUCGCAUGGUGAUUUGUUACGUUCUUUGUAAAUUUUCUCUUCUGAUUAUUGCAUUUCUUUGUAUAAUGUUACAUAACUAUAUAUAUGUAUAAUAUAUUUUGUGCCUUUUUGAAAAGAAAUGAGUAAAAAUCUUCUGAAAUGGAAAA